GGAAGCUAAGGCUGGAAGGGUAUGUAAACCAGUUUCUUGUUCUCACUACUAGCUAGUAGCUAGCUAGUACUUGUCAAUUGCCAACAUACAUGUACAGACAGGAAUCAUUCUUGCCUUCUUUCUUGCUCUCAUAAUCUCAACUUUUUUUGUUUCAAAUCACACAGGUAUCUACUAUCCUUAUAGUAAGCUACCCUUUGCUACUGCCAAGCUACCCCUAUACCCUCCCUUAGCUACCAUAUUUUGCCCCGUGCCUUGGAACUUUUUGCAAAAGACUAGAAGAUGGCCUCCACGAUUUCCAUGGAUAGCUCCAUCGUGAGUUUGCCCUUUCCAGGCGGAGAUCAGAUCCGAAGAAGAGCUCCACCCCGCUUACCGUCCACAUCCACCAUGUCGGCCAGUCGACGCGGCUACAAUCACACUACUAAGAAGAGCAGCGGGAAUCGCAGUUGCGCCACCCGCAGCAUUCAAAGCGCUUUGUUUUCAGUCACAAACGGGAAUGACAUGGACGACAUCUCCAAGUACAGCGCCUUUAGUGUUCAAGAUCUGAGAGAUUGGGCUUCCAGGCAGCAGCAGCAGCAGCAAGACACUGCUGGAGAAUGGGACAGUGCCUGCAAAUCCCUCUAUACAAUGGACGAUGAAAGUAUCUACACGACCUUGAGCCAUCACAGCAAGAUCAGGAUCAUCCAAGGCAACAUGAUCCCGGAGGAUCAGGAGCAAACGUCUUACUCUGUUCCCGUUGUCAGCAUUCACGAUGACGGGUCCUCCGCUGUGGGCAGUCAAGCCUUUCAUCAUGGAUUGGACAAGGAUGAACUCAUGUCCAUGGUCUCUGCACUCACUAUGGACACCACCUUGCAGCAGAUUGCACCCAAGACCAAGUCUCGAAGACGAGGAACCAGGUCCUACGACGAGAUUCGCGUACCAACCUUGGAGGAAGACCACGAAGCUACUGAUCGUCCCAGCAUCGUGAGUCAAGAGGAUUCCAGUGUCACUCUACCACCUUGGUCCUCCAGUAAGCGGAGCACUGUGUCGUCGUCGUCAGCACCAGAAAAGUCAGUUGCAAGGAACAGCAAAGACAAAGACGAGCAAUCUUUCACGAGUGGAAUCAACAGCCACCACACUGCCACGUCCAGGACAGAUGUCAUGAUGGACGAGGUCAGCGCCAUGAUUCAAAAUUACCAGCCUCCUUCCGGGAGGCUGUCGAUGGCAAGUCGCGACGACGAAAAACAAGUCGCCCAGCAGAAACGGGCGACUCGUCGUCGAAGGUGGUCGUGGAUCUGCUCGCCAUGUGGGGCCAAUGGUAACACAGACCAUGUCGUGGAACCGGAAUCCAUCUCCAACAAGGUGGCGGUCACGGUCACGACGUCCACAAACACAAAUCAUGCCAGUAGCACGGAACUCUCUCAGUCUACUGGUGACGGUUCGGCCCGCCACAGACCUAGUGUCUCAAGGGCAGCGCCGCGAGUAUACGUUCCCGAACCAGCCCUGUUGUAUGUUCCGUCGAGUUGUACCGGUAGUACCUCAAGGAGCCGUACCAGCCGGGACGGCAUGCAAUGGCCAGAGGAACCAUCCGUUCGGUCCGUGCGAUCAAAGGCAGAGAUCAGUUGCUGAUCAGACAAUUGAUUCUUGUCCGUUGUUUUGGGAGAGACAGCCACAAGGCAGAUGACAGUGGAUGACCUAAAACGAGACAGAAAGAGGCCUUGGAAUGCACACUAGCACUGUACCGGUACAUGUACAUGUACCACAUGUAUGAUUUAUUAUUGCUUGGCAACAUUUUGCUUGCGUGGUGUUUGUAGAGCGGAAGCAAAAGUAGUAACAAAGAAAGCAUAAGCAAUAAGUUGACCAUACCCCU